AUGGCAGCGCCAGCACUCGGAGCCGGCAGCAGUGAAGCUCCCGAAGCCGCAGCCGCCGCCGCCACCGCCACCGCCACCGCCACCACCCCUUCCACAGCCAUGCCGAAGCACGAGUUCUCCGUGGACAUGACCUGUGAAGGCUGCUCCAAUGCGGUCAGCCGGGUGCUCAACAAGCUGGGAGGAGUUGAGUUUGACAUUGACCUGCCCAACAAGAAGGUUUGCAUCAGCUCUGACCACAGCGUGGACAUUCUGCUGGAAACCCUGGAGAAAACAGGAAAGGCUGUUUCCUACCUCGGCCCCAAGUAGCAAGGGCCCGGAUCCCUGGGCCCAAGAUGGACCAAAGGGAGCAGGCUGCUGAUCUGCCUUCCAGACAGACCGGGGGCCUGGCAAUCCUGUUCGGCGACGGCAGUUCUUGCAGAGACCCUCACUUGCCCUGCUCCUCUCUAGCUUCCCUGCAAUAAAGUUGAGCCACUUUUGUUGGA